AUGUCUCAAAGCAAACCUGAGGAGCGUCUAGCUUUGGAGUUGAGCUGUGCGAUCUGUUUGCAGCUGUACCGUGAUCCCGUGGCCCUUCCGUGUGGACACAAUUAUUGCUUGGGUUGUAUACAAAAUGCUGCCAGCGCAGAAGAUCCCAAGUCCCCAAAACGGUGCCCGGAAUGCAGGGAAGAGUACGGCAGCCUGGAGACGCUUCCCAAGAACUUCAAGCUUAGCAGUAUCGUGGAUGGGUUCCUGGUGGCCACGACAGGUGGCGGACUGAGAGGAGGCCCUACAGUCCCAUGUGACCAGUGCCUGGACAACCCUCUAGCUGCGGUGAAAUUCUGCACACGCUGUGAAAUGUCACUGUGCCCCAGCCAUCUCAAAAAACACGAGGAACGGCACCGCUCACUACACGUCUUAGUGGAGCUGCCCGCAGAACGGGAUGGGAAGAGGUGCCCGGUGCACUUGAAGGUCACGGAGUACCUGUGUGUGCAGGAGCGACUGUUCCUCUGCUCCGACUGCUUGAUGGAGGGCUCUCACCAGCACCACGAGGUGCAGACGUUCGAGGUGGCGAAGGAGGAAAUGAAGAGAGUUCUUGAGGAACUGGGGAAGUCUGUGUCUGACAAGCUACAGAUUACAGAAGCUCUGGUGAAAAGUGCCAGUGAAGGUCCUACGGACAAGGCCGAAGAUAAACUGGUGGCCAGAGCAAACAUACUGCUGGACAACAUGACUUCGCUUAUAAGUACAUACAAGAGUCGUAUGAGCACUGUGAUGAACGACGAGCUUCAUUCUCGGGACAAAAGUUGGCAGGCCAAUCUAUGCGACUUGGAGGGUUGUCUACACCAGCUGCAGGAAGCCCAAAAGUGCACCGGUGAGGUUAUCUCUCAAUCCUCAGAGUUUCUCUUCAUCCAGAACUACCUCAACGUCGAAGCAAGGAGUCGUAUGAGCACUGUGAUGAACGACGAGCUUCAUUCUCGGGACAAAAGUUGGCAGGCCAAUCUAUGCGACUUGGAGGGUUGUCUACACCAGCUGCAGGAAGCCCAAAAGUGCACCGGUGAGGUUAUCUCUCAAUCCUCAGAGUUUCUCUUCAUCCAGAACUACCUCAACGUCGAAGCAAGGGUCCGCCAGGCUGCUAACGUCACCAUUCCUGCUCUACCUUCCCAAGAGUCUUCCAAUGCCAAGCAGCUGCGCUCGAUCCUACGUACAGACGCCUUCCGUUCUGAGAUGAGUCUUCUGUUGGAGUACCUCCAUGGCAUGAUGAACCCUCUAGACCUGACCUUCAACCCAGCCACGGCCCAUCCUAGCCUUCUGCUGUCCAGCGAUCUCAAAACAGUCAAGCAGUGUGCCGGAGUUAAGAGCAGCACCGCUGGAGAUCAGAGCGAACGCUUCUCUACGGCCACUCAGGUCAUGUGCACCCAGGGUUUCUCCACAGGAGUUCACAUGUGGGCAGUGGAGGUUGGUCCUGGGUGUAUGUGGUCUCUGGGACUGUGCUAUAAAAACAUCCCACGUAAAGGUGACCACAGCAGGCUGGGGCAUAACACCAGUUCCUGGAGGCUGCAGUGGAAAAGCAAGAAGCUGACGGCGUGCUAUGACUCGGCUAAUGUGGCCAUAGGUGAAGGGCUGGUCAUGCCACCAAAGAAGGUCGAAGUGACCCUGGAUUACGAAGGAGGAACUAUUGCAUUCCACAGCUCAGGUCAAGGAGGGCGAAGGCAGCACCUUCAUACAUUUAGUGCCAUGUUCAAGGACACAGUAUACCCUGCGUUCGCGAUCCACUCUACUUCGGAGGAGUCAUGGAUAACCCUUCUGAGUGGAGUUUGA